AUAGUUUGUUUCGAUACGCCUCUCUGUCUGUCUGUAUUCAAUUUAUUACAACUCCUACACUUAAGACUCGUUCUCUCAAUUUAGGAACUUCGGAAGCUAGAACGCAACCAGCUGUAAACAGAACAUUACUUGUUUUUUCUUCUCUCCCAGGAAAAUGAAAACAAUCUCCUGUGUUAUUUUCCCGAAUUAAGAGAAGCAAAAAAUCGAGAAGUUCUUGACCUUCUCGCUUCUCUUAUUUGCCUUCUUCACAUUUUCAUCAUCAGUUGAUUCAAAAGUGGUCUCCGUUGCUUGCCUUGGGUCAGUGUCAUUGUUUUGAUACAAUGGGGCGGAUUGGGAAUCUUGUUCAUGGGUUAAAGCCUCCAAUGCUCAUGGUGGUGGUUCAGGCAAUAUUUGCUGGGAUUAAUUUGAUGUAUAAAUUGGCAGCAAAUGAUGGGAUGAGCUUGAGGAUUAUCGUCGCUUAUAGAUUCAUGUUCGCCACAGUCGUUAUGGUCCCUCUUGCUGUCAUUCUUGAAAGGAAUUUAGUAUAUGAAAUCUUGAAUUCUUUAUCUUCAUAUAGGAAGAGCUUGAGAAAAAUUAAUCGAAUGGUACUAUUUCAAGCGUUUCUUUGUGGGUUACUUGGGGGAUCACUAGGUCAAAACUUGUACUUGCAAAGCUUGGUGUUUACAUCAGCAACAUUUGUUACUGCAAUGAUCAACCUGGCUCCAGCCAUGACUUUUAUUUUCGCCAUUUUUUUCAAGAUGGAGAAAUUGGCGAUAGGAACUGUCGCUGGAAAGGCAAAGGUGUUAGGGACAUUAAUAGGAAUAAGUGGAGCCAUGGUCUUCACGUUUUACAAAGGGAUAGACAUUAACAUAUGGUCAACAAAUGUAAACCUUUUACACCAUCAUCAGCAACCUGGAGUCCCAACUGGACCUUCAACACAUGACACUGGCAAGUUUAUUCUAGGUGCUUUCUUGGGCCUUUUGAGUUGCAUUUCUUUCGCUUUGUGGUUGAUCACUCAGGCUAAGAUGAGUAUUCAAUUCCCUUACCUUUAUUCAACCACUGCUUUAAUGUGCAUAAUGGGAUCAAUACAAGGCGCUGUUUUUGCCCUUUGCAUUGAAAGAGAUUGGAAUCAAUGGAAAUUAGGCUGGAAUGUUAGGCUUUUGGCUGUAGCUUACGCGGGAAUCAUGGGCUCUGCUUUAAUGGUCUUCUUGGUCUCAUGGGGUGUACACUUGAGAGGUCCCCUGUAUGCAUCUAUUUUCAAUCCUUUGGGGCUUGUCUUUGUUGCCAUUAUGGGUUCUCUGAUACUGGAUGAGAAACUGCAUUUAGGAAGCAUCAUAGGAGGAAUAUUGAUAAUAUGUGGAGUAUAUGUGGUGCUAUGGGGCAAAGCUAAAGAGAUGAAGCAGAAAACUCAAUUAGUACCAACACCAACAGCUGAUAAGGAAUCUGACCAUGAAACAGAAGAAGAUGAUCAAAAGGAGAAUAAGGAAAGGAUAGAAGCAGUUCCCCAGAUUACCAUCCUGCCUUGAAUUAUUUCUUUUUCUAACUUUAAUUGCCAUUAGUAGCUACCAGUUCAGCAAAUUUGGUGCAGUUGUUGCAGGAAAACACUCUAAAUUUCAUUCAAAUAUUUCGUAAUCCUGCUUUUCCUUUUUUGGUUAUCCUAUCAUUGCAUAGGAUAUAUAUAUAUAUAUAUAGAGAGAGAGAGAGAGAGAGUACUUUUACUAGGUUCAUAGAAUAUUAAAUCCUUUGAUUUGUUUUCAUUUGUACAAAUUUUGUACAAGCUUGAAACCAAAUAUUAAUCUAUUACAGUUAGCUUCAUCUAUGAAAUAUUUGAGAAUAGAAUUAUCCAUUUCUUUCUGUAACUUUAUAGAG